CAAUUGUCAGGUGGACAGGGGGUCUAUUUUAGCGAGCCAUUCACAUGAGACUUUGAAUCCAUAAAUCUUUCACUAAUAACCAUAAAGUGCUUUUUCUUUUCCUGACUCACCACUGUGACUGCCCUCGCUGAUUUCUUCUCACCUUCAAGGUUCUGUAAGCUGCAGAUAUGUCUGAGGGCCCGAGAAAGCCAAAAUAUUCAGCAACACGCAGACUGCAUUUGAAGUCCAAACUUCUGAAGAAGGCAGCUUCUAUGCUGGUGGCUGAAAGUGAAGAGAAGAAACACGAGAAGGAAAGAGCUGUGAAUGCGUGCUUCCCUCCGCUGAAGCUGUCAGGUUUGUCAGUCCAGGAACUCCAGGAUCUUUGCAAAGAACUACAUCGUAAGAUUGAUGUUGUAGAUGAAGCACGUUAUGAUAUGGAGGUUAAGGUAGACAAAAAUGCAAAAGAGAUCCAGUCACUGAAUCAGAAGAUCACUGAGCUCAAGGGGGUAAAGAGGCCAAACUUGAAGAGGGUAAAGAAAACUACAGACGACAUGUUGGGUGCAUGCACCGACACCACCAAACUCAUGAAGGCUGAUUUCAAAGUCAACCUUAAGACAGUGAAGAAGGAGGAUGAAAAGAGGGAAGAAGUGACUGACUGGCGUAAGAACGUGGAGGCCAUGUCUGGUAUGGAGGGCAGGAAGAAGUUGUUUAAUGCCGGACAAUAAGAAGAAUCAUUGGCCAAAUUCUAGAGGGUUUCCAUUACAGGAUGAAAUAAAACUGUUUUUUUAAAGAAUGAUGUCAACUACAGGCACUUGUGAAAGAUAUAGAAUAAAUGCACUUUUUACAUUAUACUGUAUUAAAAUAGUUUUAAUCUUGCUUUAAUGUAAACUUGUAUGUAAAAAAUAGCAUUGUAUGCCAUGUAUGUAAUAAUAUAAACUGUAUAGUGUACAAUUCCCUUUGCAUAUUGAAAUUGUGCUUAAGAAAAGGCUGUGCAGUAUUUAUAUUAUACAGUUGAUGGUGCUGUCCCCACUAUCUGUAAUACAUGUGAUGCUGAUUAAACAACCGUGAUGACCUUU